CAAACUUAAUUUGAAGAUGGCUUACAGCUUGUAAGUCUUUUAAGCAUUGUUAGCCCAAAAACUAAUUUGCUCUACCUUUUAAAAAAGUGGUUACUGACAUGAGUAAGAUUUUUAUCUACAAGGAAGUAGCUAAUUUAAAUGAUUGCAGCAGCAGGAGGUAUUAACUGUACCUUGCAGAAAUGUUAUGCAAUAGAAGACAUCACUGGCUUGAAAGAAAAAUGAACCAAAACAUCAGUUGCACUGGGUUCAGCAAUAUAUUCCCGUAUUAAAUUAACAAAGCAAUUACAAAUCUGCCUGGAGCUUAUCUAUUAUUAGCUCAUUCCCUAAUCAGCAGAAGGAACGUGAACUUAUACCAAUUAAAGUACAUUUGUUUAGGUUAUUCAGAACAGGACAUACAGUGGUCCAAAAGAUGCUGCUGAAUGACCAACAUCCACCCAUCAGAUGCCAUACAUAACAAAGAAUAAUUUACCAGUUUGAAAAAUGGCUUUGUAGACACAAAUUUGCUGAUGCCUCGUAUUGUAGGUCAUGCCUACGUGCAGAGAAGUCUUGUUUGGUGUCAUGUGCUGUUCUCUUCACUGGUACAAAUGCAGUCUUAGCUGUUCUCUGACAUGGGAAUGAACUGUCCACCCCAUGAAACUCCCAAGUCUUAGAGGGUGGGCAGGUGUAUGAAAAACUGCCUUUUGCCAGUACAUCUGGAAUGGGCCAACUCCCAAAUUCUGCAGGAUAGUAGAUGGUCUGGGGCAAAGCUGUUACAAGAAUGGCUGCUGUUGUAGGAGGAAAGGAGCAGGGAAGCCAGAGCAGGUAACACAGGUCAUACGUAGUCCUUGUAUGGUUUAAUUUACUUGAAUAGCCAUAACUUUACUCUUACUGUGAACAGUUUUUCAGGAAAGUGCUUUGUGUGAUACCCCAUCACUGUUAUCAGCAAAAUUUUCUUCUGUUGCUGAGGUGGAAAGCAAGGCUGAAAGAAGCACUGCCUUACUUAUUAAGCUUUGCUAGAUGGAUUCCCUUCUUUGCUGAUAUGGAACUUUUCCUCUUUGCUUUUACUAGUCUGCCAGUGCUGUGUCAGACUUCACUAUACUACGUGAAGAGGAGCAGCUGCCAUUUCAGAAUGAGCACUGAACUAGCUGUUGGCUAAAAAGCAGGAAAGAUAGACUUUCUGAUUCCUAUUAGAUAAGUAUUAGUCUAUGAUUAGCAUUUCUAGAAUGAUGAUUAUGAUGGCAAGAGGACAUCUUAUUUUCAAACACCUGGAGUUCCUAUACAAGCUUCUUUGAGAAGAGACUUUAAAAUUUAACUUAAACAUUUUAUAGGAGCUGUGUCACAACAUUGUAAUUAUUGUGUGCUGCCACAGUAAUAUUUGAUCCAGUCUUCCAGCUGGAGAACACCCUGUUUCAGUUCUUAAAUUAAAAGGGAGGCCAUGCUGAGUUGUCAUCUUUGUUUUCUUUCAGAAAAUGUCAGCUUACCAUUCAAGUUGUACUGCCUUACGGUGAUGACCCUGGUUGCUGCAGCAUACACGGUGGCAAUGCGGUUCACAAGGACAGUGGAGGCAGAACUGUACUUUUCAACGACAGCUGUGUGCAUCACUGAAGUGAUCAAGUUGUUCCUGAGUGUGGGCAUCUUGGCUAAAGAAACUGGGAGUCUGGCAAGGUUAAUAACAUCUUUAAAAGAAAAUGUGUUCGGAAGUCAUAAAGAAUUGCUAAAAUUAAGUGUUCCAUCUUUGGUGUAUGCUCUCCAAAAUAAUAUGGCAUUUGUGGCUCUUAGCAACUUGGAUGCAGCAGUCUACCAGGUGACAUACCAGCUGAAGAUCCCUUGUACAGCUUUAUGUACAGUCCUGAUGCUAAACCGCACCCUUAGUAAGCUGCAGUGGUUCUCUGUCUUCAUGCUGUGUGGUGGUGUUACCCUUGUCCAGUGGAACCCUGCUCAGGCUACCAAAGUACAGGUGGAGCAGAAUCCAUUGCUAGGGUUUGGAGCCAUUGCUGUUGCUGUAUUAUGUUCAGGAUUUGCAGGAGUUUAUUUUGAGAAGGUCUUAAAGAGUUCAGAUACUUCCUUGUGGGUGAGGAAUAUUCAGAUGUACUUAUCUGGGAUUGUGGUGACUUUAUUUGGUGUGUACAUGUCAGAUGGAGCCCAAGUUCUUGAGAAGGGGUUCUUCUAUGGCUAUACUUACUACGUCUGGUUUGUCAUCUUUCUCGCCAGCGUAGGUGGCCUCUACACUUCAGUGGUUGUUAAGUACACAGAUAACAUUAUGAAAGGCUUCUCUGCAGCUGCAGCCAUUGUUAUUUCUACUGUGGCAUCAGUCCUCCUCUUUGGCCUCCAGAUAACUGUUACCUUCUCCCUGGGUGCUUUACUGGUGUGUGUUUCUAUUUACCUCUAUGGAUUACCUCGACAAGACACCACAAAAAUUCAGCCAUCAGAGACUACGAGCUCAAAAGAGAGACUUGUUUCUAUGUGACAUUGUCCAUAAAAAUGGACAAAGAUAAAAGACUUUAAAAAAAACCACAAAUGCAUUUUUUAAAAAUUAGCCUUAAGCUAGUCAUGAAAUAGUUUAAGUGGGGCAGGCUCAAGAAGUUAGUUCUGUUCUACAUGUGAAGUUUCCUGUGGCUGAUGCUGGGGCUACAUGAGAGCCGAGGAGCUGGACAAGGAUGGUAUUGAAGGUCUUCACUCACAUGGGACAGUGAUGAGGCCCAUUUACAAAGAAAACAGAAUGAAUGAACUGAACACUCAACUGUAUAUAAUGUAUAUAAUGGAGGGAUAUUGGUUCUUUGUGUAUUUGAUAAACUGUCUUGCCCUUUGAGGGCAGAAAUGCCAAAAAGCUUCAUAAAAAUAUAUUAAAAAGAGCAA